AUGCUUGCGGCCGUCGCCACUCGUUCCCAGAGGCCCGCGCGCGCCAUUCGGAGGGCCCUGGCGACCCUGCCCUCACGGCGACGCCUAUCGACAGGCGCGUGCACGGCCCCGCCCGACUGGGGGCCGUCCCCGGGGACAUUGCUGCCACUGGCCAUCUACGUCCACUGGCCCUUUUGUGCGCAUCUUUGUCCCUGUUGCAAUUUCAACAAGUAUAAGCCCCCAGCAGCCGACUUGGCGCCUGGCCCCACCGGCCAGAGUUUCACCGACUCGCUCGGCGCCGCGGUGUUGGCCGAACUGAGGCGCGGCAUCCAGCGGGUGACCCCGGUGCCGGGUCAGUCAGCCGCCCGGCCAACACACCUACCCACAAGCCUCUACUUCGGCGGCGGCACGCCUUCUUUGAUGCCGAUGGAUGCUGUUCGGGAAAUUAUUGACUACGUGAGGUCCCUCCGGGGGGUCAUCCUCUCAGGGGUUUCGCCUCUCCUUUCCGAGGUGCCGAAUGAUCUGGAGAUCACCCUGGAGGCCAAUCCAACGGAUCAUCAUCUUUUUGCGGGUUUCCAUCAUGCAGGCGUCAAUCGCCUAAGCCUCGGCAUUCAGUCACUGGACGCCGGGCACCUGGCAGCCAUCGGUCGCUCACACACGACGUCGGAUGCAAUGGAAGCCAUCGCCGAGGCCAAGAAGAUCGCCUUCUCUCGGGGCGUGACCUAUGAUCUUAUGUUUGGGCUCCCCGGACAGGGCGUUGAUCAGUGGCACGAGGAACUAAGUGUGCGCAUCCGCUCCACAACAUACCACCUGUCCCUCUACCAAUUGACUGUGGAGCCGCACACGCCCCUCCAAAAGGUGCUCACAUCCCCCGACCGGCUGUCCGGUCUGGCCUCGGCCUGGGCCCUGCCACUGCGCCGGCUCCCGCCGAUGCCCACCGAGGAGGCCAUCGAGAAGAUGCACGAGUUGACCGACGGCCUGUGUGAAGCCCACGGCCUGCAUCGAUACCAAGUAUCCAACUGGGCGCGAGCCCUCAGCCCGGACCAGCUGGCCACCGGUUUCGAAAGCCAGCACAACUCCGCCUACUGGAAUGGGACAGACUAUGUCGGCGUCGGCCCAGGCGCACACGGUCGCUUCACACGCUUGACGGACGGGAUGCGCGUGCGCACGCGCUCGAUCCCUGAGCCCAAACGCUGGCUUAGCGCUGUCCAAUCUGGGGCCAGCCCGGAGGUUUGCACGGUUCUCUCGGCGCAGGAGGCGCGUGAUGAGCUGGUGUGUCUGGGGUCCCAACAGCGCCAGGGUCUUGUGAGAGAGCGCAUUGGCCGGGCUCUGUCAGCUCCGGCGGCACCGGCCUGGAAGGAUGUCAUCGAUAUGACCGCAGUCCCGGACCUGGUGGCCGGUGGGUUUGUGGAGUUCACAAAGCCCGUGCGCCAAUCUAGCCGGCCGACGGGGGAGAUUGUGGUUGAAGACCCGGACAUGGCGGCCGCCAUGCGUGUCACUCGCCGGGGUCUCCUUGUUGCCGAUACUCUCAUGGGCAAGCUGGUGAAGAUUGACUGA